AGGUUAUAAUCGUGAUACUGACUCUAUAAAUUAUUCCGCUAGGGUUUCGUGCUCUUUCUUCAUCGAGUCGAAGAGGCCAGGAAGUAGCCGCUCUCCUUGCUUCUCGUUUUCGAAAUAAGCCAUGGGUAAGGAGAAGGUUCACAUUAGCAUUGUGGUCAUUGGCCAUGUUGAUUCUGGGAAAUCUACAACCACUGGACAUCUCAUCUACAAGCUGGGGGGUAUUGAUAAGCGUGUUAUUGAGAGAUUUGAGAAGGAAGCAGCUGAGAUGAACAAGCGUUCAUUUAAGUAUGCCUGGGUGCUUGACAAGCUGAAAGCUGAGAGAGAGCGUGGUAUCACCAUUGAUAUUGCUCUGUGGAAAUUUGAGACAACAAAGUACUACUGCACAGUUAUUGAUGCCCCAGGCCAUCGUGAUUUCAUCAAGAACAUGAUCACUGGAACUUCUCAGGCUGACUGUGCUGUUCUCAUCAUUGAUUCGACAACUGGUGGUUUUGAGGCUGGUAUUUCAAAGGAUGGGCAGACUCGUGAACAUGCACUCCUUGCUUUCACUCUUGGUGUCAAGCAAAUGAUUUGUUGCUGCAACAAGAUGGAUGCCACUACUCCAAAGUACUCAAAGUCACGAUAUGAUGAAAUUGUGAAGGAAGUCUCUUCUUACUUGAAGAAAGUUGGUUACAACCCUGAUAAGAUUCCUUUUGUUCCAAUCUCUGGUUUUGAAGGGGAUAACAUGAUUGAGAGAUCCACAAAUCUUGACUGGUACAAGGGCCCAACACUUCUUGAAGCCCUUGACUUGAUCAAUGAGCCCAAGCGUCCAACAGACAAGCCCCUCCGUCUUCCUUUGCAGGAUGUUUACAAGAUUGGUGGCAUUGGAACUGUCCCUGUUGGUCGGGUUGAGACUGGAAUCUUGAAGCCUGGUAUUCUUGUGACUUUUGGUCCUUCAGGACUGACAACUGAAGUCAAGUCCGUGGAGAUGCACCAUGAGGCACUCCAGGAGGCUCUACCAGGUGAUAAUGUUGGCUUCAACGUUAAGAAUGUCGCUGUGAAGGAUUUGAAGAGAGGUUUUGUUGCCUCUAACUCCAAGGAUGACCCUGCAAAGGAGGCUGCUAACUUCACCUCACAAGUUAUCAUCAUGAACCAUCCUGGACAAAUUGGCAAUGGUUAUGCUCCAGUCUUGGAUUGUCACACCUCUCACAUUGCUGUCAAAUUUGCCGAGUUGCUUACCAAGAUUGAUAGGCGAUCUGGCAAGGAGAUUGAGAAGGAGCCUAAGUUCCUCAAGAACGGUGAUGCUGGUUUUGUGAAGAUGAUUCCCACCAAGCCAAUGGUGGUCGAAACAUUCGCUGAGUAUCCUCCUCUCGGUAGGUUUGCUGUCAGGGACAUGAGGCAGACAGUUGCAGUUGGUGUCAUCAAGAGCGUGGAGAAGAAGGAUCCAACUGGUGCCAAGGUCACCAAAGCAGCCCUGAAGAAGAAAUGAACUGAGGAUUGCAAGUCAGAGUUGUCUGGAGUCGUCGGUAUUUGUCGUGUCAUUCCCUUCCAUCGGCUUAAUGAGUUUGCAGGCAUGCUAUCCGGUGUCUGGAUGCAGAACUGGGUGCUCGAUAGGCGGUGGCGGGCUUUAAGCUCUAUUUAUGUUUUCUAUUUGUAAAAACCAAUCGGAUUUUUACAAGUCUCUGAGUGUCUUCUAUUCCUGUGCUUUGCAAAACGGUACUGGUCUCUGUUUAAUUUCUGCAUGAAUAAAUUGACAUUUAUAUA